AUAUGGCCGUCUGUUAAUUAUUAUAUAAUUUAAUUAUAAUAAUUUUAAUUAAAAAUUAAUUUAAUAUUUAAUUAAAUUUACAAUAAAUUAAUUCUAUUUUAUAAACAAAAUUGUGUGUCUAAAUUAAUUAGUGUACUCGAAAUUUCACUAUUGAAUUUUCGGAAAUUCGAAAUUUGAAAUUUGAAAAUGGAUUUUUUAUGGAGGGACACGAAUAUUUUCUAUAAAAUAUUAUGUUUCCUGAUAACGGAAAAUGAGAAAUUAUUUGACAAAAGCGACGCAAAACUGUAUUGGAGAACUGUCUUUCACAUAUUAUCCAUUGUUCACCAUUUUUGGAUAGCUAUAUUCGCGAAGAAUGUUGACGUGAUUUCACAUAGCAGCCUCAAAGUGAGAGAUUUGUACACUUUCCGUUUCGGAUACUUCACUGGAUGGAAUUUUGGUUUCCAGACUGUAUUUCUCUGUCUCGCUCUAAUAUACGAUAUGCUAGAGUGGUUAGAAAAGCAUGAGAGUCGAUUUGCGAACAACGUUCGCUACUGGCGAGAUGUCGUAUUCUGCGGUCUAGUUGUUCCAUUUACAUUGUUCGUGUCCGGAAUGUUUUGGUCGGUGUACGCGAUAGAUCGCGAGCUGGUCUUCCCCAAGGUAUACGACACCAUCAUACCGACCUGGUUCAACCACUGCGUCCACACCAACAUCAGCGUGGUUGUAGUGGUGGAGACGCUGCUCCAGCCUCGAAGACACGCGACGAACAGAUCCUUGGAGCUGAUCCUCAGUAAUAGCGUCUCGGUCCUUUAUGCUGCUGUAUAUUACUGCAUCUUCUUCUUCGCUGGACGUUGGCUGUACCCCCUUUUCGGUAUUAUGACUUGGUGGCAGGUCUGUGUGUUCCAAUGCUGCAUUUGGUUCGCCAUAUACAUCUUCUACGAGAUACAAUUCCCAAUAAAUAGACUGAUCCACGGCGCAGAACCUCGGAAACCGUUCGUGGAAUUGGAAGAGAUGCAGAAUGUGUCAGAAGUGGCGUCCCAGAAGAACGGUAUACAGAAGAACGGCGUACAGAGUAAUGUGAUAGAAAGACAGAGUUUGCAGAAUUCAAAUCCUGACUUGAAGACUCCACCGUUUUCAACCAAGUCCUGGAGUUUGAAGUAUAGAUCUAUCAGGGAGCAAUUCGAAACAUCUAGAUUAUGAAAAUGUGAUAAUAUAUUUAAUAACGAAUUAGUAUUUAGUUGUAUAGUAAAUAUGUUGUUUAGUGCAAGUUAUUGUAAGGUUUUGGAGAUCAGAAAUAAAAAAUAUCAUUUUUUUGUAAUUUA